AUGAGCGUCUUCUCCGCCAACUCUUUCGCUCUCCUGGGCGACGGUGACGACUCUGCCCCGGCCGCUGCCCCGGCCAAGGCCGCCCCGGCUGCCGCUGCCCCUGCGGCUGCCCCCAAGGCCGCGCCCAAGCAGCACCGCGACUCUGCGCCGCGCCAGCAGCGCCAGCCCCGCACCGGCGGUGACCGCGAGGUCAACGCUUCAGUCCCUGCCGGCGAGGACGCCAAGGAGGACCGCGCCAAGUCGUUCGCCCGUGGCGGCGGCCGUGGUGGCCGUGGCGGCGUCGCUCGCGGCCCGGGCGCCAACCCGCGCGGCAACGGCGGCACCUACCUCGGCGGCAACCGCCCCCGCCGCGACAACGGCGGUGGCCGUCCGUUCGACCGCCACUCGCAGACCGGCCGUGUCGACUCGGAGAAGGCCGAGGCCGCCGGCUGGGGCGCCGAGGACGGCAAGAAGGAGCUCGAGGCUGAGCAGCUCGGCGACGCCGACGCCAAGGCCGAGAAGCCCACCGCCGCCGCCGACGGUACCGCCACCCCGGUCCGCGAGGCCCCGGUCGAGGAGGAGGACAACACGCAGACCUACGAGGAGUACCUCGCCGCCCAGGCCGAGAAGAAGCUCUCGCUCUCGCUCCCCGAGGCCCGCAAGGCCAACGAGGGCGACGACGCCUCGUUCGGCCAGGCCCUCACCAAGAAGGCCGACGCCGAGGAGGAGUGGCUCUACGGUGCCCCCAAGGCCGCCGCCGGCAAGACCAAGAAGCAGAAGGAGGGCAAGACCUUCAUCGAGGUCGAGUUCACCUCGGCGCCCCGCAAGGACACGCGCGGCGAGCGCGCCCCGGCUGCUCGCGGCCGUGGCGGUGCCCGUGGUCGCGGCGAGGGCCGUGGCCGCGGCGGCGCCCGCGGCGGUGCCACUCGCGGCGCUCCGUCGUCGCGUGGCUCGGCCCCGGCCGUCCCGGACGCGUCGGCCUUCCCGGCCCUCGCCUAA